UUUGGUAAUUUCGAUCCGCCUGAGUGUAUCUCCGUCUCCGCCCAACCCUCCUUCCCAGUUCUUGUUGUUCGAAGCAGGCUUGUGCUGUUGCGGCGUCGUUCCCCUUCGCGGUCUUCUUCCCUCUCCUAUCCAUCCUUGAAGUCCCCGAAGAUGGAUAGGGAGAAGCUCAUGAAGAUGGCUGGUGCUGUUCGCACUGGUGGAAAGGGCAGUAUGCGCAGGAAGAAGAAGGCGGUCCACAAGACGACGACAACAAAUGACAAGAGGCUUCAAAGCACAUUGAAAAGAAUAGGGGUAAAUGCUAUCCCUGCCAUUGAAGAAGUCAACAUCUUUAAAGAUGACAUUGUCAUCCAAUUUGUGAACCCCAAGGUGCAAGCUUCAAUUGCAGCAAAUACGUGGGUAGUUAGCGGUUCUCCCCAGACAAAAAGACUUCAAGAUCUGCUGCCUGGGAUCAUCAACCAAUUGGGCCCUGAUAACUUAGACAAUCUGAGGAAGCUGGCAGAAGAGUUCCAGAAGCAGUCAGCUGGUACUGGUGCUGCCUCUAAGGUGGAUGAUGAUGACGAUGUGCCUGAGCUUGUGGCAGGAGAGACAUUUGAAGCGGCUGCCAAUGAUAACCAAGCUGCGGCCGCCAGUGAAAACAAAGCUGCAACUGACAAUGAAAACCAGGCUUCAUAGAGAUUACAAACUUUCAGGGAACAUGUCAAAACCCCUUUUUAUUGCAGGUUCUUUCUCAUUUUGUGACAAACUAGAAGAGCUGAUACUGUCAUUCUUGUUUUGUGACACUUGAAUAGUUGUCGUUUCAAGACGCUUUAGAAAAGCAGAUGCUUUGCUACUUUGUUUUCAUAGGAGGCAUAUUAGAGUGUUUUCUUCUUCAUAGGCAUGGUUCACCUGACCAACUUGAUGAACUGCCCAAAGUGCUCAUUUUACUCUCUUAUUAUGGAAUGGAUUUUGUUCUUGUCGAA